GGCCCUCUGUCCUCCAAGUUUGGAACUACAGUAUGAAGAAAUGAAGAAAUGCUUCCUGUUCUCAUGCAUCUGGGCUGUUGGAGGCACUUUAAAUAAGCAGUCACAAAGUGUGUUUAAUCUCUUGUGGAGACAGCAUUUCCAUGAGAUUUGCUGCUUUCCUCCUGAAGGAGAGAUAUGGGACUAUUAUUUUGACAGUGAGACUCGUCAUUUUGUCAAAUGGAGUGAUGCUGUUCCCAUUUAUUCUGCUCCAGCAGGCUUUGGAAUAUCUCCCCAAGCCUUUGUCCAUACUGUUGACCAAGAGCAACUUCUCUAUGUAACAAGUCUUCUUUCAACUGCUGGCCAUCAUGUAAUGUUGAUUGGAGAAGCAGGUUGUGGAAAAACUGCCAUCCUCCGAGAACAACUCCAGGCUCUAACCUCAGCAGACAUGACUGAUGUGCAGCAGCUACAGAUCCCCAUGAGCAGGAUAACCAAUCCUAAAAUGCUCUGGGAGAGCCUGCUAAACAAACUAGAAUGGCAUCAUGGGACAGUCUAUUCUCCAGCAAAAAAUAAGCGGCUGCUCUGUUUAGUAGAUGACCUUCAUUUGGCCGAGGUUGAUGUCCAUGGUAGCCAGCCAUCCUGCGAGAUGAUGAGGCAGCUGCUCGACUGUAGGGGUGGUUUUGAUCUGACAUCCUUAGAAUGGAAGUCGAUUCGAAAUGUGAGCUUCUUGGCUAGUACAAAUGCUGAUUGCACAACUGCAGUUCCAGGGCUUACACGUCGUCUUUUGAGGCAUUUUAGCCUCUUUCACUGCCCUUAUCCCAGUUUGGACAACCAGCACUCAAUCUUCACCUCACUCUUGAAUGGACACUUCCUGUCUUCUUCUACUCUUAAGGACAGCAGUCUGCCAAGCCUACUUUCAGCCAUCACACUGGCAACAAUCGAAACACAAGAACGUCUAAGGACAAUGUUUUUGGAAACUUCAGAAAGGUGUCAUUACAUUUUCACACUCAGGGAUUUAGUGAAAGUCUUCAGAUACCUUUGCUUGUCUCUGGGUCCUGAGACCUCCUCUGAACAACUCCUGUGCUUAUGGAAACAUGAGUGUGAGUGGGUUUACGGCCAUCGUAUGGUCAACCAAGUGGACUAUAGCAGGUACAAGCAAGAGUACACGGCAGCAGUGAAGAAAGUCUUCCAGGAUGAGGAGCAGAUCUCAGUCAUUACCAGCUCCGAUCAGUUAUUGUUCAGCAAUGUCAUUGAAUGCGAAGGGGGACUCAUGAUAGCAGCCCCCAUGCAGUGGCACCAACACAAACUGCCUGAUGGAAAAGCUCCUCCUGAUGGAUACCAGCCUAGUUCUGAGGAAGGUCAACUGAGGGCGCAGCUGCAGGAGGCCCUGAGAGAGUACAACAAGACCAAUCCACGGAUGACCAUCUCGUUUUACAGGAGUACUAUUGAGCUGGUGUGUCGGCUAACCCGCAUCCUCUCUGGUCCUCACUACGUUGGCCAUACCUUGUUGUGUGGAGAAGGUUGUGCUGGGAUAUGCAUGCCACUGGUGAGACUGGCAGCCCACUUAAGCAGUUCUAGAGUCAUUCAAGUAAACUCUCAUGCCAGGGCGGCUCAGCCACAGGCUUUCAUAAAAUCCCAGCUGGCAGAUGCCUGUGUCACAGCUGGGGUCCAGGGACAGAGAGUGGUCCUGGUUUUGAUGGAGGACCAUUUAUUGAACAGUGUGAUGGACUAUGUCGCCCAGCUUACUAUCUCCGGGUCCAUGGCUCAUUUGUUUACGCAGGAGCAGCAAGCUUCCAUCAUGAAUAAAGUGCGCAGUGAGAUAACCAAGGAAGGUAUGCAUUUCACCAAAGAAGAUGCCUGGGAGUAUUUCUCACAAAAAGUCACUCAAAAUUUGCGCUGCGUGAUAAUUGCUUUCUCUGCUGGGGGAUUGUUCCACCACUGGUGCCGUGAACUUCCAGCUUUCACUAACACUAUCAACAUCUACUAUGUUCCACACUGGUCCAGGUCCACGCUAGUGAGUCACGCCUUCCAUCAAGUCCACAGUCUCGACAUGCUGAGCAACAAGCAAAAAGAAAAUGUGUCUUAUCUGCUGGCCUCCAUGCACCUCUCCAUUAACAAAAAUGAUGGUGGCCACAAAGGAGCAGGAAGUUUUGGCCACCUCACAAACUGCACAUUUGAGAAAUUUGUGUUGGCGUUUAUUGCACUGCUUCGACAAAAAUAUGUGGACCUAAUGUUGCAGCAUGGUCGAAUAGACUGCACACUAGAGCAUAUUAACAACAUUCUGGAGACCUCAGAAAAACUCCAAAAAGAUCUGGACCAUGAAAAGGUGGUCCUUGAAGAACGUAAGCUGGGAACACAGCAAAUCCUGUCCCAGAUGGGUCAGGACAAGGCCAUGGUUGAACAACAGAUCCGCAUGAUUACCCGUCAGAGAAAAAAAAUCAAGAAGCUCCAAUCUCUGUUGCCUGAACUCCACCUGGCUCAUGAAAGGUCUGUCUACAAGUGUUCAGCCAUUGUUUCCAACAUCAAGAAGAAUGUUGGAGAGAUUGACAUUGAAUCUUUGGGGGAGCUGCGUGCUAUGCAGAAGCCAGAUGCUGACAUUGAAGAUCUGAUGGCCUCAAUUAUUACAGUCCUGAAGUCUCCCACUGCUGACCUCUCUUGGUCCAAAGGUGCCAAAAGACAGAUGGCCAACUUGGACAGGUUCCUGGAGGAACUUAGCUCCUUUGAUAAAAUUCAGCUCCCAGAAACUACCCUGACGGCCCUGGAAACCCAGUUGCAGAAGGAGUGUUAUACCGCAGAGAACAUGGAGCACAAAGCUGGAGGAAACUCCGCUGCCGGUAGCCUUUUGAGGUGGUUGCAGAAUGCAGUAUCCUACCAUCGAUUAACCAUGUCCAGGGUUGGGCCUUUAGCUAAAAAAGUAUCAGAAAUGACAGUGGCUUUGGAGCAGGCCCUUCAGAAGAUGAAAACUUUACAGAGCAAAAAGAAAGCACUUUUGAGCAGGUUAGAAGACCUCGAGAAAGGAUUUGAAGGAGCAUCCAUCGACAAAAAUGACCAGCAAACAGCAACGAUUGAGAUUGAGAAGAGGCUGGAGAGCGUCUCCUCUGUGACUGAGAUAUUGCAUUUUGAGAAGAACAAAUACGCAGAGACUUCAGUGUCUUGUAUGGAUCGCAUCCUGGGUUUAAUGGGAAGUGCUGCUUUGGCUGCAGGGCUCUUGAUCUAUCUGGGGCCAUAUGAUUAUUUAUUCCGCCGCCUUAUGUUAAGUGUAGAAUGGCCUCAGUGUUUGAAAGAGAGGGGGCUUCCGCUUCUCUUUGACUCCGUGGAUCCCAUUCAAGGGAGAAUAAUUGAUUUCUCGAUAGAAUUCUUCAAGGGAGAUGAUGGCAAAGCUGAAAAGGAAACAGAUGUGACAACUGAUAGCAGCAAAAGCCUGAUAGAACAAUCUCAGCAAGAAUCUAAUCAAGCAGUAGAGUCAGGAGACCCAGAUCCAGAUGAUGGUGAGAGCAGUGAACUUAGCUCACUUUCUCAGGACCCACCUAUACCUCUCAUCACUGAAGAGCAGUAUGAAGACUAUAGCAACAAUCUGCUUAAGGUGCUUGUGGGUCGACAACAGGUUCAGAAGUGGCUGGCAAAAGAUUGGACACUCCAUCAGAUGCAAAACGCUGCUAUUCUUUUCUCAUCCUGGCAGAUGCCUCCGUUACUUAUAGAUCCUAGCGACGAAGCAGAUAAAUGGUUUAUGGAGCUCAAGAGGACAUUAGGAGAUGCAUCAGACAUCAGCCUCAGGCUCAGUGGAGGGCCAGAUGCAGAUACCAUUCUCUCCAUUGAGAAAGCAAUGCAGUCAGGAUGCUGUUUGUUUCUGAGUAGCUACACUAAGCCCUGGGAGGAUGUCAUUCAGCCGCUCAUUGAACACUGCAAUCAAGUCACCGAGGAGGAACGCCAGCAGGGCUCCUCAUCUGUAGUAACUCUAGAAGGCCGCAGAGUGAUGUGUUCCAGUCAUUUUAAACUCUACCUUAGUGUUGCCCAAACACAAGAACAAAUCAGUCCUGACGUAAGUUGCCAGACAAUCCUCCUGAACUACACAGAAGUGGAAGAAACUCUGAAAGAUGUUCUACUGCACAGGAUAUUUGCAGCUCUCCAUCCCACUCAGUACGAAGAGUUUAAGAAAGUGUCCAAAACAAUUCUUCGUGACCAGAAUGCACUGGAGGAGUUGGAGCACAAGUUCAGUGAGUGCUUUGAAUCUUCACCUUUGAAUACAGAAAAGCUGGCCAGCAUCUAUCGAAAACAGAGGCUGCUAUCUGACAGGCUUCAGAAAGUGGCUUCUCAACGGGAAAAACUGGCAGAACUAAGGAACAGCCUACUUCCGGUGGCUCAGCGAGGAGCUCUGCUUUAUUCUAUCCUGCAGGCACUGAGGAGCUUGGCACGAGAAUAUUACUUCACCCUGAAGGACUUCCUCCAGAUGUUUGAUGCUGCAGGAGCUGUAUGUCGACAGGAAAAGGUGGAAGAGGGAAAAUCAUUCAGCCUGUCCAGUUCUGGUGAUGAAAGUGAUGAGCCAUUUGAAACUGAACCUUCUGACAAAAAGUCACCAGAUCAAGUACAAAAUGAUGAUUUACCCACAACUGAAACCCCAAGGCCACUAGAACCAUCAGCAGGGGGUAAUGUUGCACCCCAGCAAGCAGCUCACUCUGAUCUUCAAAAAGAAGAUGAAAAUUUGUCAUUGAUUCAGAGCAUGCAGUUGUUGGAUCAUUUAACCAAAACUGUUUAUCAUGGAAUUAACAAAAGCCUCCGCCCAGAGCACAGCUUUAUCUUCUCCUGCAUGCUGAUUUUGUAUAUGCAGCUGGAAAGAGGGGACAUCCUCACUGAGGAAGAGCUGUCUUGUCUAUUGCAAGGCUUUUCACACUCUGGUGUCUCCCUGACUUUAAAGGACUUUGGAUGUGAUGCAGCGCUACCAGCAUGGCUUUCUGUAGAACAAUGGCAGUCACUGGCAGCUUUAUCUCUCCUGCCCGGCCGUCUAGAGGGCCUUUGUGUGAAGGUUGCUGAACAUUCAACAGAAUGGGAAAUGUGGUUUGCUUCAGAGCGUCCCGAAAUCUCGAAGAUGGACCUCACAGAAAAAGACAAGGCUGUAAAGGAUGACCCCCAGGGGAGCGAUGACCUUGCUUCGGAGAUUCAUCACCUGCUGAUUCUGAGAGCUCUCAGGCCAGAUCGCUUUGCAGUCGCGCUGUCACUCUACAUCAGGAAACAUGGCUACAGCACCCUGCAGGCUGGCUCAUACUGGGAAAUUGGUGACAUUCAACGUCUUGCAGAGAACUCACUUGGGAUUUUGGUCCUCCUCCCAGCUGGAGUAUCACAUGCAAAUGGUUGCUCUGAUAUUCCUCUUACUGUUAGCCUCCAGCCAACAAGUGUCAUCUGCAAAGCAGCAAUGGACAAGGCAAUUCCUGUUUCAGUCAUUGCUCUCAGAGAAGGAUGCGAAUCAUUCAUUGAAUCAUCACUGGAGGAGAUGCUGAAGAAAGAUGGUUGGCUCGUAAUAGAGAACCUUCACUUAGCUUCCCAAAACUUCCUAGAGAUCCUUCAUCACAAACUGAUAUCUCUGCAGAGUACACCAGGUGCUGAAGGACAAAGGCAAUUUUGUGUGUGGCUCACAUCAGAACCUGGAGCUGCCUUACCUGAACAGUUGAUUGCUGGUCUUCAUAAAGUGUCGUGGCACAUCUUAAGCUUUGGCCAUUUGCUAAGGAGACCUGAAUUAAGCAACCUAGUGGAUGAAAGUGGUUCAGGUGCUUUGCUACCAUUAUCUCUUGUGUCUGCUUUAAGUCAGGUGGAACAUGAAACAUGGAUGAAGGUUCACCAACUCCCUGCAUUAACACACACCCUGUGCUUUGCUGUGUGCAUUUAUCACGGCAUCAUAGGUGCUCUUCCGUUUCUGCCAGUCCCUGGGUUGAGCCUGGUGUAUGCUAUGAGUCCCUUACUUCUGCAGCAGGCUUUUGAUAUUCUUCUUGGAGGAGGAAAUUUCCAAAAGGGUGCUGAAGAAGCCUAUGUUCACUCAGUCAUUGAAAACAUCUCUUUGGUCUAUGCUCAACAUAUUAUGGAACCAGAGGACACUAAAUAUAUUCGAGCACUUGCUGAGGAAAUAUUUCUUCAGUGCAUGGAGUCCCAAGGUGAAAUUAGAGUUGGUGACACUGUAAUUCCUCUGCCACCAGUCAACAUGGAUCCUGUUCAAUACCCCCUUUGGCUUAUUGAAAAACUACCUCAGAUGACCAUGAACUUGGGCACAUCCCUGCACCAUGGCAAUGAGCAAGCAUGCAGUCACAUGAGUACAGAGAACCUGCUCCACAGUCUCUCUGCUGUUUAUGAAGCCCUGCAGUGUGACCUGCCUUCUACAGACCGAGGAGCUGAAGGGAAUCCAAGCAGAGAGUUUGUGCUCCGCAGCUCUUUGGAUCUGCUUUCAGAACACCUCCCACCGCUCCUGGAGUUACCAAAUUUCACAGCUACCAUCGAAGGAACAGAAGACAAUGGAAGGCUGGCUGCUGUCACACAUGCAAUGCUACAGGAAUGCAAGUGGAUGAACCGUUCCCUGCAGGAUAUUCGGCUGCAGCUUACACGGCUCUCCACAGCUUUGUGUGGAGGCUUGCAAGCACUUCCAGGUCAUCUCUCAGAGGUCACAGAGGCUCUCCUCAGAGGACAAGUUCCAGAAUCUUGGCUCCAUCCAAACUGCCAACCAGACACUAGUAGUCUUCAGUCCUGGAUUGAAGAUUUGAAGAGGAGCCGAAACCAGCUGGAAGAAUGGACAAAUGAAAUUGUGCUGACUGAUAAAAAGUGGAGAAGUCCAAGAGCUCCACUGUGGCUGGGUGGACUGGUCAAUCCAAGUGCUCUGAUCUUGUCCAUGAGACAGGACUUUGCAGCAGCCAAUGGCCAUUUACUUGAUGAGGUAUCUCUAAAGUGUGUGAUUUCUGAACACUUCAAGCAUGAAAUGCAGAGUCCAUCUGCUCAACAUCAAGUGACCCUGACAGACCUGGUCCUGCAUGGAGCUUCAUGGGAUUUUGAAACCAGCUGUCUUGGAGAGGCAAGGAAUGAAAAUACACCUCUACCAUAUGUCACUGUAAAGCCAUUUUUGAAAACAACGGGGACGCUUGAAGGGAGAGACCAGUUCUUUGAAUGUCCCGUCUAUAUGAACAAGACUUGGCAGUGCUGUGUCCUAAAGCUUCCCCUUCCAAGUCUGAAGUCAGCACAACACUGGCAGUUAAGGAGAACUGCAAUUUUGCUAUCCUCUAGAUCUGACUCUUGCUUGACUCAAAGAUCAAGGACUGGGAAGAGAACUUCGCCCAGUGGGUCAUUACCAGCAUCACAUCUCACUGAGCCUCACAAGGAAAAUACAUUUUCAAGAUUAAUCCUGGCAGAGCCAGCAGUCAAAGGAUCCGGAGUAAUAUCUGACCAUCCUGCAAGCCAGUGGACAAGUCCAGACCACCUUUCUUCUGACAUGUGGUCUCCAAAGGUGGCUGACCAAAACAAUACUGAGUUACCUCAGUCUAUUCAGGAAGACUGCAAGGUGAAUGAAGAUCUGACAACCACAAUGCCAGACCUUAAUGCAACUGAAAACUACAAGGUGAAUGAGGAUCUGACAGCCACAAUGCCAGACCUUAAUGCAACUGAAAACUACAAGGUGAAUGAGGAUCUGACAGCCACAAUGCCAGACCUUAAUGCAACUGAAAACUACAAGGUGAAUGAGGAUCUGACAGCCACAAUGCCAGACCUUAAUGCAACUGAAAACUACAAGGUAAAUGAAGAUCUAACAACCAGAAGGCCAGACCGUAAUACAAGUGAAGUUGUCAGCACUGAGAAUAAGGUGAGGCUGGAGGAGGAGGUGGAGGAGGGAGAGACAAACAUGGCCAAGCAUGGCAGCGUGGCUGGAGAGAAUGAAGAUUUCACUUUUGGCUCUGAGGAACUGGCAGAGAAUCGCAUGUAUGAAGAGGAAGGUCAUUACCAAGGUGACAAACAAGAAACAGAUGAAGAUACUGGAAAUGAGUGGGAUGCAGCACAAGAGUCCAUCAUGCUACCCGAUGCUCAGGAAAGUAACAUUCAAGAUCCCGAGGAGAUCCACGAGCAGUUAGACAGAGCUAAUUACAGUGAUGAUGACUCUGACUUCUAGGCUUUCACAACAUUGGCUCUAAACAAACAACUCUUUGCUAAUUUGAAUGUGCAUUUAGUAAACAUUGGGUGAAAUGAAGCUUGAUGUGUCAGGCAGAGGUUUAUGGACUGAUGCAGUGAAAAAUGUUCACAGAAUUGAGGUAAGCAGCAAUGAGAUGGUCCUGCUGCUUAAUCAGGAUUUCCACUCUUAGUGUCGAGUAUUAAAAAUGAAGGGUGAACCCCUCUAAUGGAAAGAUCACAGUGGUUUAAAGUUCCUAAUUUUAAGACUAUCCUCUGAUUUCAGCUGCAGUAUAGGACUUGAGCAGCUGCCAUUAGCCUCAAGGAUAGAAUAAGGAGUUCAUAUUGUAGAGAAACCUCUUAAAAGUGUGUAUGAUAAGCGUAGACUCAUUGUCACCCUUGCUUUGUCAUUCGCAUCAGGGUGUUCAUAUUGUCAGUAAAUACAACUGAAAUUGAAAGAAAGUCAGAACUUUAGACUAGAAACUUGUAUGAAUACUUGACAGGUAAAGACCAGUGCCCAAUAUAGCUGUUAUUUUUACCUUGUGUGUCAUCUCCGGUCAUGAUGUUUUUUUCCUUCUUCUCUCCCCUGGACUUUAUUGCUUUGCUUUAGUAGAAAAGAUAGCUUAUUCCACCACUUAUGUAUGUAUUGUUUUUAUAAUAAGCUGGUUCCCAAUUCCUUUACUUAUUUAUAACUUAUUAUAUUUGUGUUGCUUACCAGCUGCUAGGGUCUUUACAUCUCAUUAUUGAGAUUUACACUUGAUUAUGAAAAAGGUGCAAUAAAUAGACAUCCUGUCCUGGGAAGGGCAUUUCAGAAGAGUGUCUGCUUGUGAGCAUUGGACUUUGCUGCUGUCCACUGCAAAGAUAAAAAAAAGGAAUGGCGCUCUGCCAUUGAAUUCUGUUCAGGUCUUAUUUGCUCACAAGCUGUAACAAUCCCGACAAGAAGGCAGACACUCUUCCCGCUUCAGUUGUGCCCAAGUGUUUGGAUUGCUUUGUACAUCUCGAUCAUCACUGGUGGAAGUAGUGGGAUUAUGUGGAUUCCUGAGAGUCACACAGAUUGGUAUCAAUCUGUAAAUAUCGUUAGCUGCUUCAGGACCUUUGUGUUGUUGAUCUUCAGUGGCCUGCACUCAAAACCUUCCCAUGAAGACCAAAGACAAUGACCUUUCCGCUCUUUGUUACGUGCUUUCUGAUAUGCUAUAGUGAUGAUUGGAGUGCAAAUGCACUGCAGUGCACAUUCACUUACACACAAUGUCAGCCAAUUUUGUACUUGAUAAUUAACUUAUGGCUUGUAAUUUUCUUUGUAUGUUUUUGUUGACCCUGUAGACUACUUCAUGGAUUUUCAGCACAACAAGCAAAA